AUUGUUGUGUUUGUAAAGCGUUUUUGCAGAUCCCUGGGAAUGGAACCAUCGCAGCAAACGCACAUGCGAAAGCUACAAACGCCCACGAUGUCGCAACGACCGAAUUUACGGUUGGAUGCCACGAGCGAGAAGAAGUCGACCUCCCAACUUCCUCAAGCGAUGCAAUUUCCAUCGUCCACAGGUCGUGCUCUCAACACAAGAUUGGGUCGAAAUAGAACAAUAUCAGAGUCUGCAGUAAUUCACGGAAAACAUGCCGCCCCUACUCCUCUUGUUUUUGAACAAGAACUGAGUAUAUCAGGCAAGCAACCACCAUCACAAGAAGUACCGCAAGCAAAGAUGGAGCGUCGGGAAUCAGGGUCAUUGAUGGCCCAAGCGCAGCGAAAUAAUAGUGGGCCCUUUGGAAACGCUGCAGGGCAUGGGAUGGGUGCCCCGCCCAGUAACAAUGUAACGUCAUCGAGAAAAAUGCAGCAUCCAUUUCAGAAUCAACGCCACUCUCCAUCUAUGGAAGGCGCAGAUCUGCAUCGUUUUGGUGACAGUCCACGAAGCGGUUCCUUCAACCAGAGCGAGUUGUACGACGACUUGAUCAUAGACGAGAUUCUAUCACUUGAAGACGAGCAGAGAAGGACCAGCGGAAAGACUCAACCACUCUCCGGUAGCUACUCAUGUGCGGACAAUUUAACGCAACUAUCAAACGCUCGUCCGAUUCCUGGCGCUCAAUCAUCUGGCUCUGGCCACUCCGGUAGCCCUAUCACAAUCGGCGGCACUGCCCUGGGAUCAAACUUCCGUCAAAUAGUAUCCAGUUCUGCACCGACAAGUUCAAUAGAUAUGGACGCGAUGCUUAUGCAGUCAUCGCAGGAAGGCGGUGGAACCGGCGAAGAGUACUACCGAGAUCGACGGAAGAAGGAUAUACAUAAUAUGAUUGAACGGCGGCGUCGUUAUAAUAUCAAUGAUCGCAUCAAAGAACUUGGAUUGAUGCUGCCGAAGUCAUCAGCAGAAGACAUGAAGCUUAACAAAGGAACCAUCCUGAAGGCGUCUUGCGAUUACAUUCGUCAAUUGCAACGGGAUCGCGAAUUGAUGCUGAAGCAACAAGCACAUCAGCAAAAGCUUGAAAACGCUGCAAAGCAGUAUGCGGAGCGGAUUCGGGAACUGGAGGAGUGCAUGGCACGACAAGGCGUACAGCCUCCACCAGCUCACCUACCACCGCUUCCUCGAUUUACCAGUCUAGAUCGGCCAAUAAAACAAGAGAUGGACGAGACAGCUUCUCCAAAUCAUACGCCGUGUGGAUCUCUUUCGUCAUCUGGGUUCAUGUCACAGUUAUCCGAUACAACAGCAGCCAUGCAAAUCGCCAGUCCUUUGAAUAGACAACCGAUGCAAGCAGCAACAAGUCACUCCGAGAGCUACUUUUCAGUGGGUUCGAGUAGUCCUCCAGAGUAUGGAACGCCACAGAACUGGCGAGAUCACAACAUGCAACAACCGUUUCCUGACCUCAUGAUGGAUGAUAUGGCUACCCUUCAGGGAGGAAAUCCUCUCCUUACAGGAGAUCCGUUGAUUUCUCAGGCCGGUACUCAUCCUUCGCCUCAUCUCACCGGUGGCAGUCAAAUGAGCCCCGACAUCCAGUGGGACCAGUCCGGCUUCAGCCCUGAAGGACAUAACGGGCUGCAUCAACAACAUAUGGACUUUUCCUGAGUGCGCUGUUCAGUGCAUCGCAAAAUUUCGGUCUAAUGCAGAUGUUCUAGUAUUUUGAUCAUAUAUUUUUUUGAUGUUGUAUAGUUCCGCUCAUUUUUUUCGUGUGUCCAUACUGAUAUGUUUUAUUUUGUUAUAAUAAUCGGAUGCUACUUUCUAUCGACUUUGUGCCGUGAUUCUUCAUGCAUUCUCGUUUCCUUGUGUAUGUUCUUCGUAUUGGUUAUCGCUCGGUUGCGGACAGAGUCUCCUCGACUCCGUCCGAUUUUUCUUCUCGGGUUGUACGGCAAGAACAAUUGCUCGUGUGCAUGUUGUCUAUACUUGUCAUCCCCGCGCCUUCGCAGUGCGGUUUUGUUUGAUUCAUUGUUUUUGUGCAUACUAAAGUUGUACAGCUGUGUCACUAGGAAAGCUGAGUUGUAUAGGCACCGUUUAAGAUUCCGAAGUGCGACGCGACUCGCCACCCUGAUUCGUCUCUGCUUUUGUCUUCUCUUCGCCAUUCACCCAGGGAUUUCCCUUAGCAUUCAUUCGUUACUCACCUUCUAACAUAUUCCAGGUUGCCUCCAUGUUGCACAGCUCCCAUGUACAGUCCCCCUUGUGGCAUAUGCGCGACCUCUUUGUUAUGCGCUAUCCUUGAGAUUGUUCCGAUGUACAAGUGUAAAUAGUCUCUCAACAAAUGGCGUUCCUUUAGGGCGUUUUCAUGCACGGCUCUAGCCGAUCUUUAUCUCCGAGUUUUUCUCACUGUCGUUCUUCUCAUUUUUGCUGAAAACUGACUUGCUUACACCGCAGUUUCCGAAUGAAUUCGCUGGUUGUUGUAAAUAUAAAGGAAGCUGCAUAAAUCGGUUAUCAGGAA